AUGGAUCGAUUUAUAACUUCCACAUCAGUUAAAAAAAUUCGUUUGGACGUCGAACCAGCAGAAGCUCAAAAUGUGGACGACCCAACAACUCUCAUUUCUACUCACGUUUCACUUGCACCUGCACCUUAUUAUAAAUAUUUAUUUGACGAAUUUUAUAAGCUUCGAAAUGUGGAAAAUCUUAAAGUAACAGCUGUUUGUCAAAACUGUUCUAAAGUUGUUAGUGGGUCCACAAAAUCAAGUGGUAAUUUUUUAAGCCAUAUAAAGCGGAAACAUAACUCGUUGAUGUCGAAAGUAGAAGACGCAAGAAAAAAAAAAGAUCAAGAAACAUCAACAAUGAUUCAAACAAAAAUCUAUGAUACUCCAAAAGUGUCAAAAGAACUGGUGAAGGAUUUAGUUUUUAACUACAUUGUUGAAGAAAUGAAACCACUAGCAACAUGUGAAAAACCAUCAUUCAAACGGUUGAUUCGAGGCCUUACAUCAGAUUCUAUUGUACUUCCAUACAGAAAAGCUCUUGUCAGUGAACUAAACCAUAAAUAUAAAGCUUAUGUAGAAAUGUUAACUGGAUUUAUUGAAAAACAAAGUUAUGUGUGUGUUACUGCUGAUAUUUGGAGUUCCAACAAUAAGAGCUAUUUAGGAAUGACUUGUCAUUUUAUCGAUGAACUUAACUACAGUAGGUAUUCUUAUAUAUUAGCUUGCAGGCGUAUAAAAGGAAAUCAUACUUAUUUAAAUAUUGCCAAAGUAAUCAAUGAAAUAAUGCUGGACUUUAAAAUUGAAAAUGAAAAAGUUACCCAUGUAGUUACUGACAAUGCCUCAAAUUUUGGCAAAUUUUGGCUCAAUAUAAGUUAUAUGUACAUAAAAGAAUGA